AUGGGCCUUGCGGCGGAGCGAGAGAAAAUAAAGUGGACAUUCAAUCUCCCCUCCGCGCCCCAUUUCGGGGGCCUCUGGGAGUCGGGCGUUAAAUCCUUCAAGACUCACCUGCGAAGGGUGGUGAGAGACCAAGUCCUGACGAUCGAGGAGUUUACUACCGUCCUCGCCCAAAUCGAGACUGUAUUGAAUUCCCGACCCCUCUGCCCUGUGAGCACCGACCUUUCGGAUCUCGAAGUCCCGGGACAUUUCCUCACGAUGGAGCCCCUGGUAUCCGUUCCCACGCACGACGUGACCUCGCUGCCGAUUAAUCGCUUGAGUCGAUGGCAGCUCGUUCAACGAAUCUACCAAGACUUCUGGAAACGUUGGCACCAGGAGUAUCUCACUACUCUACAACAGCGUCCCAAGUAG